CUGGUUCCAGUAAGAACCGACAUUCUGUUAGAACAAAGCGAAUAUUGAACUUGGAUUGUUGCGGCCUGCAUCCUUCAUCAGAAAGUUCAAUUAGUAAUAUUUAUAGAAAGAAGAGAAUCUGCAAGGUUUUUAUUGCCAGAAAGGUUUUCAAACACAAAGAACACACGUAAAUCCGCUAUCCAUAGAACAAUUCGCGACUUAGCAAGGUUUCAAGUAUUAGAUAGAUUGACGCGAAAAUGAAUGAAGACGAGACUCUAUCUGUUGGAAUUGCUGACUUACCUAAUCAAAGACACAAAAUUGUGUCGCGUAAUGGUGCUGCUUUGACGCUCAUGCUUUGUGGUGAAUCAGGGCUCGGUAAAACGACGUUCUGUAAUACAUUGUUUUCCACUACGAUUAAGCCUCAUAUGGACAUUGAGACGCGCCGCUCGAAGCAUAUGGAGAAGAGUGUGGAAAUUGAAAUUACCAAAGCAGAAUUGGAGGAAAAGAAUUUCCACUUGCGACUUACUGUAGUUGAUACCCCUGGAUUUGGAGAUUUUAUUAAUAACACCGGUUGCUGGGAAUCUGUCGUAGAGUUUAUAGAGGAUCAGCAUGAAUCAUAUAUGCGACAGGAUCAACAACCAGACAGAACAAAGAUUAUUGACAUGCGUAUUCAUGCAUGCUUGUAUUUCCUACGUCCGGUGAAAAAUGGUUUACGCCCUAUGGAUUUGGAGGCUAUGAAGCGUCUCUGCAAGCGUGUCAACUUGAUUCCUGUAAUCGCCAAGUCCGAUAUGUACACCCGACAUGAUUUGGCCAUGUAUAAGACUCGCAUAGCACAAGUGCUUGACUAUCAUCAGGUCAACAUAUACAAGCCAAGUAUGGAUGAGGGAGACCCAGUUUUCCAACGCCAAAUUCAAGGUAUCAUCAACGCAAUGCCUUUCGCAAUUGUUGGUAGCGAAGAUGAUAUACAAACCGCUGAUGGCCGUACUGUGAAAGGUCGCAAGUAUCCUUGGGGCACCGUCGAGGUUGAGAAUGAAGAACACUGUGAUUUCAAACAAUUACGAAAUCUCCUGGUUCGAAGCUGUAUGUUAGAUCUUAUUCAGAGAACUGAAGACAUUAUUUAUGAGCAAUAUCGACAGGAACAGAUGCAGGUUCGCCAAUACGGUGAACCGAAAUUGAGGACUAUUGACAAUUCGAAGUUUAAAGAGGAGGAAGAAAACCUAAGAAGAAGAUUUACCGAACAGGUUCGAAAAGAAGAGGCUCGCUUCCGACAAUGGGAACAAAGAUUAAUUGCUGAACGUGACUCUUUGAACAAAGAUCUUGAAGCUCAGCAUGUCCAAAUUAAACAACUCGAGCUUGAAAUUGAUCGACUAAAGUUAAACAGCUCUUCUCGUAAGCGCUAAUUUUCAUGAUCCCAAACAUUUUUGCAUACGUACCAUGACUUUUCUGUGCCUUUUCAAUCUUUCAACCGACGACUAAGAUGAUCGUUUUGACCGCGUUUUUCCUUCUUUUUUAUUUGUUAUCCCAUGGUUAAUCUAAAAUUUUUUAUUUUCUUAAUUCCUACUCUCUUUUCGUUUCAUUAUUCCUAGUCUCGGAUUUUGUAAAGACAUGAAAGUGGCGGUCUAGGGUCCAUGCUAUCUGUUUCUCUUCUAUGGUUCAAUCAUACAUUUAUGUUUUGAAUUCUAUGCUAAUCUUGAUUUUCACUGAACCCAACGUUCUUUUUUAGUCAUUCUGUCUUUCCUUUUCAAGUCAUGUAACCCGAUAUCUUGUCAGAAAUGUUCCAAAGGACUUAUUGAUCUUUUUUGCAAUAGAAUUGUACGUCAACAUCUUUACCAUUGAGUACAGAGUUGGGAAAAAAGGUUUAGCGUAUGUCCAGUAACGGUCGUGUCAAAAACCAAUUUAUAUAAACACAAUAUUAGUUCCUUGUUUUACGUAUAAAUUUUAUGAUAACUAAAGAUUUGAUAAUUGAACCCCCCCAAAUGUUGAC